AUGACAAAGAUUAGUCCUGAAGUUGAAAUCAAGAUGCCAAUGGAAGCUGUUCCGCCAGUUUCAGCUGAUGUGAGCUUCAUUUCUAAUAGUUUUCCAAAAUAUAAACUGGGAGCUGAUAGUCAAAUUCUGGAAGGGCCUAUUGAGGAUAACCAGGGUCCUUCUUUGAAGGAUGUUAUUGAACAAGAAGCUUCCCAUUUGUCAGAACAGCACAAACGUAUAUCAGUUCGUGACCUUGCCAGUAAAUUUGACAAGAACUUGGCUGCAGCUGCUAAGUUGUCUAAUGAGGCAAAGCUCAGAGAGGUGGCAUCUUUGGAGGGACAUGUUCUUUUGAAAAAGCUACGAGAUGCAUUAGAAUCUUUAAGAGGCCAUUUUGCAGGAAGAGAUAAAGAGGAUGUGGAGAAAGCUAUCUCUAUGGUGGAAGCUUUGGCUGUUAAGUUGACUCAAAAUGAAGGAGAGUUGAUUCAAGAGAAGUUUGAAGUGAAGCAGCUUGCAAGCUUUCUCAAACAGGCUUCUGAAGAUGCUAAAAAGUUGGUUAAUCAAGAGAAGUCUUUUGCUUGUGCUGAAAUCCAAAGUGCCAGGGCAGUGGUGCUGAGAAUUGGUGAGGCACUUGAGGAACAAGAAAAAGCUUCCCAUGCUUCGAAACCACAGGAUGUGGAUGGACUAGUAGAAGAGGUUCAAGAGGCAAGAAGAAUCAAAUUGUUGCAUCAGCCAAGCAAGGUGAUGGCCAUGGAACAUGAACUUCGUGCUCUAAGGGAUCAAAUUCGAGAAAAAUCUAUAUUUUCAAUUAAGCUUCAGAAAGAGCUAACAAUGAGCAAGAGGGAUGAGGAGAAUAAAUCUCAUUUAUAUUUGUUGGAUGGUUCUGAAGCUUUGGGUUCAUAUCUGAGAGUCCAGCCUUGCUCAGAUGAAGUGCUGCAGGUUUCAAAAUGUUCAUUUCAGUGGUAUCGCUUGUCAACUGAAGGCAGCUGGAGGGAAGUUAUUUCAGGUGCCAACAAAUCAAUAUAUGCUCCUGACCCUUUUGAUGUGGGGAGAAACUUACAAGUCGACAUUGUCUCCAAUGGCAAUAAACUAACACUAACAUCUAAUCCCAUUCAAACUGUUUCAGGACUUGGAAGCCAUGUGGAGGCACUUUUACGAAAAUCUAAUACUGAUUUUAAUGUAGUUAUUUCUCAGAUGAAUGGAAAAGAUCACUCAUCACAUUCUACUCAUUCAUUUAAUGUGGGGAGAAUGAGGAUAAAACUAUGUAGAGGUUGGAUUACAAAAGCUAGAGAGAUUUACUCCCCAUCAAUGCAGCUAUGUGGAGUUAGAGGUGAUGUCAGUAAUGCAGCGAGGGCAUUGUUUUGGCAAGCUAGAAAGGGCCUCUCAUUUGUAUUGACCUUUGAAUCAGAGAGAGAAAGAAAUGUAGCAAUUAUGGUUGCAAGGAAAUAUGCUCUUGAUUGCAAUGUUGUGCUUGCUGGGCCAGAUGAUCUAGUGUAGGAGCAAAAUUAACUGACUGAGUUUUCAAACGACGUGAGUUUUAUCAGAUUCUUGGUGUGAGUAUACAUGUGUGCUUGUUUUUGUUAAAGAAAUAUAUGAUUUCAUCUUUGUAAUUGGGUUUCUACUAAUUGGGUUGCAUUGUUUUAGGCAUGCUUUUUUUUAUUUGCCUAAUCAUGUUGUAA